AUGCCAGACAAGGGCUGGCGCAAGAAAAUCCAUGGCAAGCAACCGCGAGCCCUGCCUCCCAUCAAGACAACGUCGAGAGAUGUAAGCGGAGAAGACUCAGGCGACCGACGCACUGCAACGGGAUGGAGGAAAACAAUCCAAAGCAGCCGCCCAGAGACUCCGUCAAGUAUGUCGCGAUUGACGCCCGCGAUUACUGACGCAGAUGACGUUCAGAGCGAACACUCUGAGCCACAGACACCGCGUCCCAACUCCAAGCCGAGGGUUGCAAGGUACACCUCACUGUUUAGCAGCUUCAAAGAGUCUUCCAAAGCUCCCGACUUCAAUGAACCGUGGAGUGAGUCGUCGCCACCCUUGCAGUUCUACGUCGAUCCGCUGCUUGCCUUGCAAUCAGUUCACUCGCAUAUGAUUAGCUUCACCACGCCCAUCCCACUUGAGCAUCAUAGUGGACUCUUCCGCGUCUUCGAGGACUACAGGAGGGCGCGACACGAGAAGGAGCGUCUUGAUACUUUGCUACAGGAUACAUUGACGAGCUGGACGAUAGCAGAGGAUCAUUGGGCGGAAUCAGAGUUGUGUUAUAAAGCUGAGAUCCGCCGGCUUGAGAUUCUGAUAGCGAACGGCACCAGUGGCAUGACAGGUCUCUUCAGAGCCAGACAGGGCAGUGUCAUAGAUCGAAAGCGAGGCCACCCCAAGACUAUUUCCCACGACAAACAUCUACCCACAGUCAAAUUAUUGUGCGCUGAAGAGCGAGACAGUCAAAUGCCAUCAAAAAGUCAGCAACUCUUUUUCCAACGGCCAGUCUCGCCCUCCAAGAAGAUGGCUACUUUGUCAAAGUAUCUUGUCGAUACCCAUGCAGACCAGCCUCCAGUCGGAUUGCGUGAUAGGAAUCACAGCUCAGGACUGUCGCGCAAAGUUCAAAGUGAGCUCGACUUGAAAAGUAUAGUUCGAGGGAACGAAGAAUGGUCAUUUCAUGCUGAUGAUGUGUCUGACAACCUGGGUGGGCUGUCAGUAGACAAGAUAACAGGUCCACGCAUGUCGACAGAUUCGAAGCUGGAAUGCGAUUCAAUCAUCGCGCUUCGUCAACUUGGCGGUUUGAUUGCAAGGCGUCGUGGUAUAGAGAUUGACACGUUCGUCGACGGACUCGUGGCCUUGUUGUCCACUGUCAAGAAAACACAAACCUGUCCGCGAUCCAGCGGAGAGCAAGGCAUCCAAGCCUGUUCCCCUGCCUUGGGUAAGCCCGAUACGUCUACUGGCAAUCCACUGGGGCAACAUUCGAUUCAACGACACAAGCUGAGGAGGUUCCAAUCCCAGCCGCAGCUCGGUAUCGGUCGACAACGUCGUCGUCAUUUCUCCUUUGACCUUGGUGAUGAUCAACUCGAAGAACUAGAGGCGUUUGACAUGUACACGCACAGCUUCUCGGGAGAGGUGUCCUCGGAGUGGGAAGAAUCGCCAUCACUACAACACGGCCGCAUUGCGCCUAGAGCGCAUUCAGUCCUCGCGAUUCCUUCAUCACAACCCUCGAGUGUAGACAUACAAAAACCUUCGAAGAUUCCCAGUCCCGUUGGGACACUUGGUCGUACGCGGCGAGAGGAGUCGACGUCAAGUUUACAGACCAUCUUUGCCAAACCUGCAGACGGACGUCGUGACUCGGAUUCGAGCAUGCGCACAGGCAGCCCAAGCCAAAUGCUGGGCACAUUGGAAUCCGCAGUAGCGCCCAUGGGUCCGCUCACUGAAUGUCGGGAUCCUGAGACGAUGGUGGCUUUGGCUGCGGCCGAAGGAGAAGACAGUCGGACGCCACCAUACAUUUGGCUUUGCGGUAGAUAG